CUGACGCGGGAAGCAGGGCUGCAAAACUUGGACAGUACUCAGCACCUGCACCUGUGGGGUAGCCUGGGGUAGUCGGGACUUCAAAGGUCCCGUGCGAGGACACUGCCCUCCCUCCCCACUCCACCCACACCCCUAGGACCUGCUCUGCGCUUCCCUGCCUCCAAGAAAGGAAGUGGAAUCGAACACGGUAAAACAAUGCCGAGAGCAAAGGAAAGAAAACAAAAGCCCAAGGGGGCUGCCCCUUCAGUGGUUCCCAUUCUUCAGAAGUUCCUGAAGACGUACCAGAAGCAUUGCAUUCAGUCUCGGACCUCCAUGUGUCCCGCCAUCCAAAGGGACCUAAAGAGCAGCAUUGACAGAGAGCAGUUCCUCAGGAAGUUUAUGCUUGUGAGAGCUGGAAACUCCGCAGUAAGCACUCUGCCUGUCUCCUUGGAGCCUCUGCUUAUGACGAUCCGAGAUGAGAGCUACGCGCUGGCCAAAGAGAUCUGCAUCUGGGGCCUUCAGCUGACGAACCCAGAGAUUGCCAGGCUCGCUUUGUUUCUGGAGCAAAAGGGGUACACCACUUGCCCCAUGACUACGUUGGAAAUUGUUGAUUGCAAGAUGGAUCUGUGGUCUCUGGGACGACUUGGGAAAGCUCUGCAAUUCAGCAGUUUGCGUUUCCUGGUCCUCGACUACUGCAAGUUUGGAAAUGAAGAACUUGAGAGGAUCUUAGCAGGCCUGGAGAGCAACCAAAGGCUGCAGGGCCUCAGUAUGCGCUACUGUGGGCUAGGGCCCUGGAGUGGGCCAAGGCUGGGCUCUGUUAUCAGCCACAGUGCUAUUUGUGAGCUGCACCUGGAUGGAAAUUACUUGCAGUGUUCUGGAACACUGGCUCUCCUCAGACCGAUAGCAGAAUACGCAGAGAUGCAGAGGAAGGACCAGCCUACCUUGGCAUCACCACACGCUGGAAACCCCCCUCAGCUUCCCCAAGUGUGCCAGGGAGCAAGCCCAACUUCCAGUCAGAUUGUGAAAUCUUCCAAAACUUUAACAGCGAAAAAGACCUCACAGAAGAAAAGUGGAAAAGGAGGAAUCAGGAAGAAAGCUAAAAGCCUGACGGAAGCUGGCCCUUGGAUAGUGAUGCUGCAUUUGGCAGAUAACAGCAUAGAUGGGACAGGAAGGGGGGGAGAGCAAUUGCUGGAGCUCACUCGAACUUUAACAGGCCUCAUCAAAUACUCAACUCACUUAAGGGAACUGGACCUUGGAAACAAUGUCCUGGGAGAAACGGCUGCAGUGGGCAUCCUGGAAGCACUGAGGGCCAGGAAGUCAGGUAAACUGCCACCCCUAAAAGUUACAGUCACUCCCCGGAUCUCUUCCGACACCUUCAGAUCUAUUUGGAAACUUAGCAAGAAAUCCAAUACGACCCGUAAAAAGAAGAAAAAGGUAAAUUCUUCAACAUCUGCACAGUUGGGUAGCAGCCAUCAGGGGGCGCUAGAUGAAGCAUGGGCCUCAGUGGAAAUUGAUGGUGCCUUCGAUCCCGGAGUCUAG